AUGAGCGCACAUAUAAAUUCCAUAGCGUCACCACAAUCGCUCCUUUCCAACUCGUCUGAUCCUGUUCAAUCAUCCAUACGUCGCAAUUCUGCCAUGGGCUGGAACAAGUCUUCUUCACCGAUUGCUAGCACGGGCACCACACCUCUUCGAAUUUCAAAGCGUGAUAGCUCUAAACCAGCCUUUCCCCUUGUCGCUCGUCGAUCCUCAUCCAGUUACAGACAUCUCAGAAACAACAAUCUUGUUUCCAAAUCUCCUUUCAAGUCUUCAAUUCCAACGCCAUCCAGACCUUCUACUUCUCCAAUUAGCAAUAUCUCUCUCCCUAAACUCCCGCAGCGUAGGGUCAGUGGCGAGAAGCGUCCCCGCCCCGACUCCAUGCAUGACCAAGCUGAAAACGAGCGUCCAUUUGCCCUCAAGCGGGAGCGCCGCCAGUCGAAAGUCUACCAGGGACUCGCGGAGAAGGAGCCUGUCACAAAGAGCCCAUUCAAACGUCCUACUGGCGCCCGGGAAGAAACUCCACCCCCAGUACCUUCCAAGUCCAUCCCUAUCCCACCAAUUCCAGAGCCUUCUGAUAUUAGGAGUGCAAAUCCACCAAAGGCAGCUACCCCCACCCGCCCAUCGCUCGUUACCAAACGCCUCCAUGGUCCUCGAACUGCUGACCAGCCCUCCCUUGAACGUAGGCGCCGGAGACGAAAAACCGUAACAUGGGAUGAGCGUUGUGAUGUCCUUGAGUUUGACCGCGAGGAAGGGGAAAAUGAU